UCAUGCCUCCUCACCAACCCACCCAAAAUAAACUAAGGCCUGGACCCCACUGGCCGGCGGUCGGAAAACUUUUGGCAUGGAAAGCCAAUUUCGGACCCCACCAGGCCGCCGGGAGGUGGCUUGGAAAGAUGCGAACGUGUUUUGUAGACCCCACUGUCGUCCUGGAAAGCACGGCGGGCGUGAUUCUACUCGGUCGGCGGCUGGAAAAGUCCCCGCCAGGAUGCGGCAUUCCUUUUCCAAAGUCGGCUUUUCUAACUGGAUGUGCGUGUUUCCGUGCAACGGCGCCCAUUCAGUCAUCCACGUUCCAUGGAGCAUACGGCGGGCAGUUCAGUGAGCACAUGCACGUCGGUAGUGUGCAUGGAGGUCCGCCGGCAGGGGAGUUGCACCAGCUGGACUCAUACGGUGUUGGUGACCAUGUUGUGCACGGACAUCAGCCUUCCGACGUGUAUGGAGGAAGGCCAUGUGCACAAGGUCCGACCAGCCGUGCAGGUUUCGGCAUGGCGCCACGGUCCACACAGUCCAUGGGCAUGGGUGGCAGGCCAUGGUCUCCACAAUGUGGGCAGAGCCCGGGCCGAUUGGUCGGGGUGAGGGUUUCCCCGUCUCCAGCACUCGGUGAUGAUGGAGAGAGUACCUGGACCCGGCUGGACCCAAGGCCGGUGUCCCCCGACACGCGCAUGGACCCGCCUUACGAUGAAGGUGUCGGCGGUUCUGAAGCAGGCGACGAUGACGACGUUGUGGAGCAAGGAAGUGUCGAUCCCGUGGGCGAUCAAAGCGAUGUGCUGAACAGUGGUGGAGCGGGCGAGGCGGGUAACAGACGGUCUACGAACUCUCGUCCGCCUGCUCCGAAGAAACAGAAUGUACCGUGGACGUUGGAUGAGCAGAUAAAGCUAGCGAUGUUGAUGGGUGAGGAUGAUGCCCUGAUGGCAGAUGCUCACGGGCAACACCAGGACUGCAGGAAGAAAUGGUCGAACAUGCUGCAGACGACGAAGCUCAUCGUCGAGAAAUGUGAAGCAUCUGGCCAGCCGUCGUAUUGGGAUCUGUCAUUGGAGGAGCGAAAGGAGAAGAAUCUUCCACUGUCCUUUGAGAAGGCAUUGUGGGACGCUAUGCAGUGGCAGCUAGAUCCACCGUCGAUGAAGUGCGACAAAACAAUGGCUUCGGAGAACCUAAUGGGGGGGAGUGGAAGCGCAUCGAUGAGUGGUGGAUCGGAGGAGAGGUGUGCUAACGAAUCGGAUAGUGCUGCAAACAUCCGGCGAACGGACAAGGUGAAGGCGAGGAGGGAGGAGGCGAGUACCGUUGCCACGCUGUUGAGCAGGGCCAUGGAGGAUUCCACUCGGUCUUACUGCGAUGGCCUCGACAAAGCGGUCAGUAGCCUGGCGAAAGCCACCGCAGACGUCGGCUCUGCAAUUGCCUAUCGGAUAGGAGACGUGGCUGAAGCGAUGCGAGAUGGUAAUAGUGUCCUCGAGUUGCUGGUGGGGGAUGGCUACCACGCUCGGCACUUCGACUUCGCGGACGGCGUCACACGGCGGUCAUUCCGUUUCUACGACGUGGAUGUUGAUGGGAUCCCGGCGCUGAAAAUGGAGGUCGGCCUCAGGUUCUUCGGGAAUCUCCUCGGGCAUGUUCUCAUCCACGUCAGGAAGGUCGGCCGAAUCUGCAUGGGGAGAUACGAUGACGAUGAUGAUGAUGAUGAUGAUGAUGAUGAUGGUGAUGAUGAUGAUGAUGAUGAUGAUGAUGAUGAUGAUGACGACGAUGACGACGAAGACGACGAUUGCGACGACGAUGAUUGUCAUCAGGAGACAGUCGAUGGUGACAUAGGUGACGAAGAUGAUGACGAUGACGAUGACGAUGAUGAUGAUGAUGAUGAUGAUGAUGAUGAUGAUGUUGAUGAUGAUGAUGAUGAUGAUGAUGAUGAUGAUGAUGAUGACGAUGACGAUGAUGAUGGUGAUGAUAAUGAGGAUGAUGAUGCCGUCCACGCGGGUGAAUCCUUCCUGUGCAGGAAGCAAUCAAUGCCUGCGCGGACGCCGUCCAGUUUACUGACUUUAAUUCAAAUUGUCCGCGUCACGUCUGUGAAAAAACGCGAGGAAUAACAUUUCUGUUUUCUCGGUAUCAAUUCUCCGACAUCAAUCAGGUUUUCCGUGUCAUGUUUUUGUGUGCUCACAUGGGAAUGCCUGCGAAUGUU